AUGUUUUCGUCUCCUAGGUCCCCUUCCUCGGCGGGAUCUCCUCAAAGCACUGCCUCCAACGCCCUGACUCCCAGUCGUAAAAUACAGUCCUUGCUCGCUCAAUUCGACGAGUCAGAUUCUGAUACGCCUGCCCACCGCCCCCAAGCUGGCUCUAUUGGGCAUUCAGAGCAAACCAAUCCGGUCCAACCAGCUCGUGCCCGUUCACCAGUUGACGAUGGAUUAGAAGAGGAGGAUCUGCCCGUGGUUCCCCGGUCCAGAAUUGCGGCACGGUUACAAGGCCUAAGCACUACAUCUAACAUCGCUACAGAUGAAAAGGAUCCGUCUCAGGUGGAAAGUUCUCGACCUAACACAGUUGAGGGUUCGGAUGGCAAUGGAGAUGUUGCUGUGUCAGGCAUGAGUAGAAGGCUGCUUACAACACGCAAAAGCAGUCCCAUUCGCGAUGUAGAAAACGUCCAUACGUUCAGGUCGGCUUCUCCAUUGUUCAUCCCUUCGCCGAGUGCUACACGCCACGAAGCUACUCCAAUUCGGAUGAGCGACCGUUCAGACUCUGAAGACAUUGAAAAGCCAUCAGCUGCCAACAACUCGAGAUUCCUAGCUCUUGUUGAAAAACACCGAAAGCAGCGCCUAGAGAAAGAAGCCGAGGAAGCCGCGAAGAGGGAGGCGCGAAUUGAACGACUCAAGGCCGAUGAACGUGGAGCUCGGCAGCAACGAGGUUCAAGUCCCCCUGAUGAUAACGAUGAAGACAGCGACUCGUCCGACGAUGAAGGGGCCAAAAAGCUAUCGAGGCAAGCUCGACCCACUCGAAAGGCCAGCAAGAAAGCUAUAGAAGAAAUGAAUCGAGAAACUCAACGACUUAGUCGAAACAUGCAGCUCGCUCACCAAGCUCGAACGAAGAAGAAAAUCACCAAGGACAGUCUGCUAGCUAGAUUUAACUUUCCAAUCCCUAAUUCCACGUCCCAAAUAACAGCCGAUGGAGAAAUUGAGGACCCAACCACAGGUAGCUCAAGAGCUGGUUCAGACACCGAAGCAAUGAAGAGCCGUGGCUCUCCUCCAACAAGUCCGAUGCAGGAAGAUGGACAUUCCAAUAGCCCCAAGAGCGCCAAGGGCUGUGCAGGCGACAUCCUGCACGCCGACCGGGUUGAUGCUGUAGUUGGGGCUGCAACGAGUCCUCUCAGGCCUCCGACAAUACUCGACAAGGGCAAAGGGAGAGCUCGCUCUGAAGACCCUAUUGAACAUUCGAUACACGGAUAUCCGAUAAAGACGCCCAUUUCCCAGGAUCUCACCGAGAUCCAAGAACCUGCGUUGAGACCAUCUACGAAGCCUUUUCGAUCGAAAUCGUUUUGGGCCAGGGCGAUCAAGCCUGGGACCGAUGACUCUGAUUCGGAUCUUGAAGUCAUCACUUCCAAGGGCGAUAUGCGAAAGUAUGCUGCCUUCGAACAUGUGCCGAAGCGAAAAGCGAAAGAAGCUCCAUCACAUCUUGCACUGCGAUCGCUAGCACAUUUGGUUGGUGGCGAAGACCGUAAGCAUUCUAUGAAUGCUGCAGAAAUGGAAGCUUCACUGAGAAAGGCGGCUAGAAUGCAAGCCCGACGAGAAAGAGAACAAAAAAUUCAAGAGCUCAAAGCGAAAGGCGUGAUGGUCCAGACAGCGGAAGAACGUGAACGUGAGCAACAAGAAGUUGAAGACUUGCUAGAGAAAGCUCGAAAAGAUGCUGCAGAAAUCCAGAAACGUGAAAAGGCCCUCGCCAAGAAGGAGGGCAAUUACUCUAAAGAUGAUCUGGAUGACGAAGAAAGUGAAGAUGAUGAAGACUUUGAUGAAGACGAUGACGGUGAGAUUAGCGAGGAUUCGGAUGGAGAUGAGAAUUACGAGCACGAAAACGGCGAUGGUAACCUGCUCGAUAAUCAAGCGGAUGAGGAAGACUCGGCUGAAUCUGAGGCUGUGGAGAACGAGAUUAAGGAUGCCAGCAAGGAGUUUGAUGAAGCCUCAGAUCCAGUCCGUGAGACAGAUCAUGCUCUUGCAAGGAAAAGUCGAACCAAUCGCGUGAUCAGCGAUGACGAGGAUGAGGAUGUUCAGGAUCAAAUACUGAAAUCCCCCCAACUUCCCGUACCUGCCAAAACGCCUCAGUCUCUGUCUCGUUCGGCGAGAAAGCAGAUUCCGGGAAUUCAGAUGUCAGAUGAUCUUCCUAUCGGCCUCACACAAGCCUUUGCUGCUACAAUGGCAGAUUAUUCUCAGAAUCAGGGUGUGGAGAACGUACAAGAGCAGGACAGCCUCACAAUGACCAUGGAUCUUCCAUCGCCUAACCUCGCAAUGGUACCCAGACUACAGCGCCUCGAUUCAAUCGAUGUGAUUACCGACAGUCAACCAGCAUCCCAGACGCAGCCGUUGAAUAUCAACCUGUCCUUCUCGCAAUCUCAGAGAGUUCCUCCAUCUCCUGCCAGUGGAUUGAGAAUCAACGCCGCACAAUUGACCCCUUCUCAGCCGCAAUUUGAACCCACUCAAGACGGGGGUUAUGCAUUGAGUCCAUUUGCCGGGAAUCGCUUUGCGACGGAAACUCCCCAACAUCCAGGUGCUCAUUCCACCAUUGACACUGUCGUACUUCCGAACGAUACCCAAGACAGUCCCAUUGUUCAAAGAAAGGCAAGGCUGAGACGUGGCCACACUAUCAACACUGAAUCUGAGGAAAACUUACCCGGAGUGGUGGAGGCAUCAGCUUUCGAUGUUAUACGUCAUGCCGCAAAGAGGGAGCGCCAUGAUAAAUUCGACAAAUCAAAGUCGCAUGCGCGAGAUGCCGUUGACGAAGCAGCAGAGGAGUCCGAGGAUGAAUAUGCCGGCCUUGGUGGAGCAAGCGACGAAGAUGUAAAUGAGGAAGAAAAUGAGGAUGAUCGCAAAAUGAUUGAUGAAGAUACUCAGGUUGGAGUUGGGGAUGAAGCCAGACUUGCAAAGCUAUUUGCAGAUCGUGAGCGUCAGCAGGAUGAAGCGGCUGUUUCCAAAUUGUUGAAAGAUAUCACCACUGGUGCUUUGCGCCGGAAACGCGGCGGCAAUGAUGUCCUGGACUUGUCAGAUGAAGAAGACGCUAUUCUCAGAAGAAGAGAAGCCAAAAGACGUGAAUUUGCAAAGAUGCGUCGAGAAUUGCUGAAAGAUGAAGCCGUUGGCAAGAUUGCAGAGGACAAGAAGAAAGAGGCAUUCUUGCGCAGCAUUGAGGAUCGGCAGCCUAGCGACGAUGAAGAAGACUUUGAUUUUCCAGAAACCUCGCUUGAAGACGAGUCACAAGAAAAGCCCGAUGACGUGGCGCGGCAGUCUGAAGAAUCCCAAAAUCCACAGUCGAUUGCACAGCUGCCGAAUGGUGACCAGAGCAAACGCUCGCUUAGGACUGUGGGAGCCUCAAAACUCAACCAAAUCAGGCGACCUCAUGAUCGUAGCGGAGUCAACUUGAAUCGAAGACCGGCAACCUUGGCUGAGAUUCGAGAAUCUGUAUCAUUCCUCAUUGAAGAACCUGAUUCGCAGGCAGCGACCAUUGACCUUGGACUCUCCGAUUCCGAUGAGGAACCAGAGGCGUAUGUCAACCUUGACCGGCAUUUUCAAGCUGCGGAAGCGGAUGAAAAUGCGGACGAGGGUGACGAUCUGGGCGGCUUUAUAGUGGAUGACGAUGGCCGAGCGACUGGUGAAAGCACAUUUAAAAAACCAGCAGCACCAUUCAGCGAGAUUCGCGCACCAUUCUCUGAACGACGGACGAAAGACAGACCAAAUGUUGUCAACCGGCUGAGCAUACUUCGUCAGUCCUCCUCAUCUUCGGCUUCUUCAGCCAGCACCAAGAUGGCUUUCUAUAGCGCGAGCUCCUCGGCAAGCGGUUCGUUUAGCAAGGUCCCAAGUUUACUACGCCAAGCAACGACGAACUCGAGUUUGGGAAGCGUCGCCAAUAGGGAUGAGAAUGUAUCUGCAACGGGAGUGGUAACUAACAAAACGGAACGUGGAAAAGCAAGCGAAGAGAAGGAAUUUGUAAGGAAGGGAAGUGGUGGUCGCAGAAAUGCUGUCAAUUAUCGACCCACGAUGAAAGAAGAGAAAAUGAGUCAACGAGCCGGGAUCGCAAAGAAGAGCGCGACCAAAAACAAGGGAGUGAGUGGGUUUCUGGGAGGUCUGUUCCGGCAAGACAGUUGGACAUGA